GUCAAAGGUUGCUAAUUGGCUCAACGAUCAUCUCAUGAUGGUGCAUGGACGAAUUGCGAGGGAUAAGCGACUAGCAGCCUUAUUAAAGUACACCGUCAAAGAAAAGAAUGAAAAUGACAAAAACCGUUGCAAAAACUUUGUUCAAUAUGGUGGGACAGAUGAUUGCACAUGGAACUUUUUGCAAUCGAAUGUCUCCUCAUGGAACGAUAACCCCGCCUCUUUCUGGGAUGGUACGAGCUCCCCAGUAUCUUCUACUGCCGCAAUUUCACUUGAAGUGGUACUCUUUCACAGCUACCUUGGAGCAAAGCAAGACACUGCUUAGUCGCGCCUGCUCUUAAGGUUUUCCUGCAUAGCCCUCGUCGAAUGGAGACACAAACAAGGCCUCUCUGGGACACCUGACAAGGAUACGAUCUACCAGAUCCAGUACUCUGGCAUUACUGGAGAGUCUUUUUCGGUUAUCGAGAAGAAAUUUA